UCUUCGGCCGCCGCGACAGCUCCGGGCUCUUCCUCCACGUCGGUAGGGCUCGGGGCCCCCGCGCGGCCUGUCCUGGUGGCGGCGGCUGUCUCCGGAUCUUCCGGCGGCGGCGGCGGAGGCCUGUCGCGGCUGGCGGGGGUGGCCCGAGUCGGUGCAGGGAGCGGCUUAGCUAACGGCGUAACCAACGGCGGCACCAGUGGCAGCAGGAAGAGGCCCCUGCUCACCCCACUUUGCAACGGUCUCCUGAACUCCUACGAGGACAAAAGCAACGACUUUGUAUGCCCCAUCUGCUUUGAUAUGAUUGAGGAAGCAUACAUGACAAAAUGUGGACACAGCUUCUGCUACAAGUGUAUUCAUCAAAGCCUGGAGGACAACAACAGAUGUCCAAAAUGUAAUUAUGUUGUAGAUAAUAUUGAUCAUCUCUACCCCAACUUUUUAGUGAAUGAGCUCAUUCUUAAGCAGAAACAAAGAUUUGAGGAAAAGAGAUUUAAACUGGACCAUUCAAAUGGCCACAGAUGGCAGAUAUUUCAAGAUCUGCUGGGAACAGAUCAAGAUAACCUCGAUUUGGCCAAUGUGAAUUUAAUGUUGGAACUGCUGGUCCAAAAGAAAAAGCAGCUAGAAGCAGAGUCCCAUGCUGCUCAGUUACAGAUUUUGAUUGAAUUCCUGAAGGUUGCCAGGAGAAAUAAAAAAGAGCAACUGGAGCAGAUCCAGAAGGAGCUGAGUGUUUUGGAAGAAGAUAUUAAACGAGUAGAGGAAAUGAGUGGCUUAUAUUCACCAGUCAGUGAGGACAGCACUGUGCCUCAAUUUGAAGCACCUUCCCCAUCACCCAGUAGCAUUAUUGAUUCUACAGAAUACAACCAGCCUCCAGGAUUUAGUGGUAGCUCCCAGACUAAGAAGCAGCCUUGGUAUAAUAGUACAUUAGCAUCAAGGAGGAAGAGACUUACAGCUCAUUUUGAAGAUCUGGAACAGUGCUACUUCUCCACCAGGAUGACUCGUGUAUCAGAUGACAGCAGAACCUCAAGCCAGCUGGAUGAAUUUCAGGAGUGCCUGUCCAAGUUCACUCGAUACAAUUCGGUCCGACCCUUGGCAACACUGUCUUAUGCUAGCGAUCUCUACAAUGGAUCAAGCAUAGUAUCCAGUAUUGAAUUUGACCGGGACUGUGACUAUUUUGCCAUUGCUGGGGUGACAAAGAAGAUUAAAGUCUAUGAAUAUGGCACAGUCAUCCAGGAUGCAGUUGAUAUUCAUUACCCAGAGAAUGAAAUGACCUGUAAUUCCAAAAUCAGCUGUAUCAGCUGGAGUAGUUACCACAAAAACCUGUUGGCCAGCAGUGACUAUGAAGGUACAGUCAUCCUGUGGGAUGGAUUCACAGGUCAACGAUCAAAGGUCUACCAGUGGAACCAGUUACCUCGGAAGUUGGAGCAUGAGAAAAGAUGCUGGAGUGUGGACUUUAAUUUGAUGGAUCCUAAACUUUUGGCUUCAGGCUCUGAUGAUGCUAAAGUGAAGCUGUGGUCAACAAACCUGGACAAUUCUGUAGCAAGCAUUGAGGCCAAGGCAAACGUCUGUUGUGUGAAAUUCAGCCCGUCAUCUAGGUACCAUCUGGCCUUUGGUUGUGCAGAUCAUUGUGUUCACUACUAUGAUCUUCGAAACACUAAGCAACCAAUCAUGGUCUUCAAAGGACAUCGCAAAGCUGUUUCAUAUGCAAAAUUUGUAAGUGGAGAAGAAAUUGUCUCUGCGUCAACAGAUAGUCAGCUAAAAUUGUGGAAUGUAGGGAAGCCACAUUGCUUGCGUUCCUUUAAGGGCCACAUCAAUGAGAAGAAUUUUGUAGGACUGGCAUCUAAUGGAGAUUAUAUUGCCUGUGGAAGUGAAAAUAACUCUCUCUACUUGUACUACAAGGGCCUCUCAAAGACACUACUAACUUUCAAAUUCGACACUGUCAAGAGUGUCUUGGACAAGGACCGUAAAGAAGAUGACACAAAUGAAUUUGUCAGUGCUGUAUGCUGGAGAGCACUGCCAGAUGGGGAGUCCAAUGUUCUGAUUGCUGCUAACAGUCAGGGUACAAUUAAGGUACUAGAGCUGGUAUGAAGUGUUCUGUCUCUCAAAGCUUUGAAAACUUCACCCUGCUUUCAUCUGGGAUUCUCAGUGGGCACAGAACUAAAGCUAACUUGUUCUUCUUUCUCUAAGUUUCUUUUCAUUUAUGGACAGUCUUAGGACAUCAUGUGACUCCAGGAGGUACCAGUGAAUUCAGUACCACCAACAUUAAUUCCACAGACUUUGCUGCUGCUGAUUCUAUUGCUUGUUUAAUUUUUAUGAUGGCAGGAGGGAGAAAAGAAUUCUUUUAAAUAAAAGCAGAUUCAGAAAAAGAAAUAAUAAAACUUCAUUGAGCCACAAAUGGAAGCAGAAUAUAUAUUUCUUGUUAAUGGAUAUGGUGACAAGUUUGCCCUUGUAGCAGGAUUUGCUUAGAGGCUUUGCUUUGGAGUAACCCUCUGGAUGACUACUGGGCCCACUAGAGGGGGGAGAACCUCUCUAAUCCUGUCUAGAACACCUUCAGCAUGUCUCUUUUUAAUUUGCGGCCCUGAAGUAAAAUGUAUUUCAACCUCUUCUUUUUCUUUUUUUAAUGAAUUAUAUGUUUAUAAAGUUUACCACACAAAAGACUGAAAAUUCUUUGCAGCCAAUGCCUCUAUUCUAAUAACAAGGGACCAUUUUUAAAGAUGUGGAUACAAAUUGCUCUCCAAGUCCACCUAUUUCUUGGCCACCUCUCUUGUUUGCUAGCUGUGUAAGGGUGCCAUCCGUCAUAUGUACAGAUCACAAACUGUCAAUAAAUAAUUACUUCCUGGCUGUUUUUUUUUUAUUUUAGUUAUAUUGAAAUUGUUCAAUUGGAAAUAGAAGGCAAUAAUGCCUGUCCCUAUGUAAUCUAAUUUGUUCAUUCCCAACUAUUCCAUCCCCCAUUUGUGUCACUUGUAGAAGCCAAUCAUUUUGAAUGUUGUAAUAUAUUUUGGGGACCCAGGCUAUGGUAGCCUUAUUUUUUAAUAACCAUGCAUACACUUAAUUGUACAAGUGGAGAGAAUGGGGAAAUAAACUGUGAUUUCAAAUGUUC